AGCACACUGUGCGACCUAGAAGGAACAAUAACUCUGCUGUGGACUACCGAGUGACACCUUUUGGUCCUGCCAUGCACACAAUGGGUUUCCACUGCUGUGAAUAAUGCCACGAUGGACAUUGUUCAUGAGAUGAGUAUUAAAGGGCUCCUGCAAACCAACUUUACUCCCCCAUCAUGGAACCUGUUACUCAACUUUCAUUUCCGUUUGGCGACCUUCCAGUCGAGCUGGCCCUCCUCAUCCUUAAAUAUGCAGCAGAACCCAGUUUUUCUCAGAUUGAACCAUACAAAUCUACAAACCCAUAUGCAUGCGCCCUCACUCUCUGUCUUGUAUCUAAAGAAGUCAGAAAAACGGUGCUGCCCGAAAUUCUUCACACCGUGUUGCUCCCGCAAUUACACAACGUGACAGCGUUCAUGGACACUCUACGUAUGCAGCAAGCAUACGCUCAGCAAGAUCAUCAAUUUAAAUGCGACUACACGAAGUACAUACGCAGGAUGUGGAUGGGACAGUUUCGUGGCUCUCUCCCAGGACUUUCACUCGACGGAUUUGGACCAAUACACACUGGGCAGGACCUCAGCCCCUUGGCCCCCAUCCUGCUUGCUGCGCCAUGUAUUGCAGUCGACUUUGAGAAUCUGGGCCUUCUGUCAGGCUGCCUUUUCCAUGCCUGGAAAUCCCGCACGAACAACCACGAAGGUUCUCCGGCUCUGUACAGCCCAAAAACUUUAAUGGUAACUGGUUCUGAGUUCAUGACUCGCCAAUGGUCGUCCUUCACCAAGACUGUUCAUGGAGCGGUGUUCCUCGCUUCUAUAUCUCACGUCAUUUCCAUCACAUUCACAAUAUCUGAUAACAUUCGGCACGCGCGUCACCUCUGCCACAGCGGCAAUGGAUCGAAAGUCUAUCACAAGCUGCCUGAUUGGAUGGCGCAGGCUCCGCUUAGCAGUCUCCAGACCUUUUCAUUGCCCAUCCCGCAUAGCGCACACCCGCUCGUUGAAUGUGAGGUUAGCGGCAAGGACAUGAAAGUAGAGCUUUUGACAUUCUCUGUUUCCAAACUGUCGUCGCCCCCACGCACACUUAAGGGAAUAAGGAUGAUUGAGCAAAUGACGCGUUCUCCAUCGAAUCAUGGUCCUUUGGCGGUGUCCAAUCCUUCUUGUAUCCCUUGUCAAGAUUGGCUGAAAGCUUGGGCCUGUGGAUUAGGGAGCUAACGAGUAGUGUUAUGAGAUGACUGGUUAUUAGAUAUGUGCUUGCUCACUAGCGAUUUCCUACUGCUAGUAAACUUCACCCAUUAUUCGGAUAUGGUCAAGACUAGUUUGUUGCCUCUCGACUACUUACAGAUUUUGUAUUUUUGUAUAUUAAGCACCGGUUUAUUAUAAAUUCC